CUCCAGCUCCGUGCAGCCUCUGUGCGAAGAUGGUUGGCGGCUUGUGUGCUCGCAGGUUGGCCCGGCGGUCGCGGUCCGCCCUGAUAGCAGCCCUCACGGUGCUGCUGGUGCAGACGCUGAUAGUGUGGAACUUCAGCAGCCUCGACUCCGGCGAAGACCGGGAAAACGGAGGCUCCAACGUGCGGGGGAAGAGGGACCGGGUCGCAGGCAACAAAGCCGCUGGCAGCGACUAUUUCCAGCACGGGGUCCAGCAGCGGCAGCAUCUUCCCCCGCCUGGGAAGGGGACGUCUCGCCACAUACAGCAGCCGGAUGGAUAUUACUCUCACCGGCCGAAGGAGAAAAAUAGAGUGGACAGCAACAACGAGAACUCUGUGCCCAAAGACUUUGAGAACAUAGACAAUAGUAACUUUGGUGCACGCUCACAACCACACCGACAGUCUGUAGGGGCCACCAGCAGCAAGCAGCAGCGGGAGCAUCUGCAAGAGAAGGCCCACGCCCAGCAGCAGGCCUGGCGGGACACCUCCCCGAGUCUGGGCCGCAGCUCAAACGAAGUGCUGCCUGUAGGCCAACAGCCGCUGGCGGUGGGCAACAAUGCCUCCUACCCGGGCGGUCAAGGCGUUGCAGAAGUGUCGCGGCAACACUACCUUGCCUCACCGGCCCAGCAGGCCGAGACACAGCACAGACAUCAGCACCCGCACAGGAGGCAAGCGACCGCAGCGCCCCUGGAGGUGACCUACGACGAGCCACCCAAGUGUGAGAUCAGUGGGAAGGAAGCCAUUUCAGCUCUAUCUAGAGCCAAGAGCAAGGAGUGCCGGCAACAGAUUGCCGAGGUGUACUGCAGACACAAGGAAGGGCAGUUAAUGCCCGAGAAGGUCACUCGCUACUGCCCCAUCGAGGGUAAAGCCAAUGCUAAUGUGCAGUGGGAUGAGGACUCUGCGGAGAGCUUUCCAUCAAAGCCAGUCAGAAUAGCAUUUGUCCUGGUGGUCCAUGGACGAGCCUCGCGCCAGUUUCAUCGUCUCUUCAAAGCCAUCUUCCACACCUCGCACUACUACUACAUCCACGUCGAUCAGCGCUCCAACUACCUGCACAGGCAGGUUCACGCCUUGGCUGCCCAGUAUCCAAAUGUGAGGGUGACACCCUGGCGCAUGGCCACCAUCUGGGGCGGUGCCAGUCUGCUGACCAUGUAUCUUCGCAGCAUGGCUGACCUGCUGGCCAUGAGGGACUGGAGCUGGGAUUUCUUCAUCAACCUCAGUGCUGCCGACUACCCCAUCAGGACCAACAAACAGCUGGUGGCCUUCCUGUCCAAAUACAGAGACAUGAACUUCAUCAAGUCCCACGGCAGGGACAACGCCAGGUUUAUCCGUAAGCAGGGUCUGGAUCGUCUGUUCUUUGAGUGCGACACCCACAUGUGGAGGCUGGGCGACCGUAAAAUCCCAGAAGGUAUCUCGGUGGACGGCGGGUCCGACUGGUUCCUUCUCAACCGCAUGUUCAUCGAAUAUGUCAUCAACUCCAAGGAUGACCUGGUCACCAACAUGAAGCGCUUCUACGCCUACACUCUGCUGCCAGCAGAGUCGUUCUUCCACACGGUGCUGGAGAACAGCGCCCACUGUGAGAGCAUGGUGGAUAACAACCUGCGCAUCACUAACUGGAACCGUAAACUGGGCUGCAAGUGCCAGUACAAGCACAUCGUCGACUGGUGCGGAUGCUCUCCGAAUGACUUCAAGCCUGCAGACUUCCACCGCUUCCAGCAAACGGUGCGGCCCACCUUCUUUGCCAGGAAGUUUGAAGCCAGCGUGAACCAGGAGAUAGUGAACCAGCUAGACGCCUACCUGUUUGGACCGUUUCCCCAGGGAAUGCAGGCUCUAAACUCGUACUGGGAGAGCGUGUACGACGAGCCGGAUGGCGUGGCCAGUCUGUCAGACACGCAGCUCACGUACUUCCACUCGUUCUCCCGGCUGGGCCUGGCCAGAGCUGCCGCCUCGCUGCAGGGAAACCCCAAGGAUCACAGCUGCAGGUACUUCCCCAUGGGUCAUCCGGUGUCAGUGCAUCUCUACUUCCAGGCAGAACAGUUCCAGGGAUACCUGGUCAAGCACCACGCCACCAAUCUGGCAACGAGCAAGCUGGAGACCAUGGAGACCUGGGUGGCACCCAAGAAGAACUUCAAGCUAACCACUCCUCCCAGCAGCACAUUCAGCAGGUUGCAGUUCGCAGAGAUCGGAACUGAGUGGGACGCCAAAGAACGUUUGUUCAGAAACUUCGGCGGCCUGAUGGGCCCCAUGGACGAGACGGUGGGCAUGCAGAAGUGGAGCAAGGGUCCCAACGUCACCGUCACAGUCGUGUGGAUCGACCCCACCAACGUCAUCGCGGCCACCUAUGACAUUCUGAUCGACGCCAGCGCCGAGUUCACCCACUACCGCCCGCCGCUCAACCAGCCUCUGAGGCCCGGCGUGUGGAGCAUCCGCAUCCUGCACCACUGGAGCCCCGUGGCCGAGAUGCACUUCCUCGUCGCCCCGUUGGCCUAUAACAAGCACCAGCCCAUACGACAAGAGGAUACCCUGAAGCUCCACAACGGGCCGCUGAAGAACAGCUACAUGGAGCAGAGUUUCCAUGGCCUCAACCCGGUGCUCAACAUCCCUGUCAGCCUGGGCUACGUGGAGCAGGCCAAGAGGAACGCGGCCCUGACCGGCCCAGAGCUCGAGCGCUGGUCAGACAGCCUGGUGGGCGAGCUGUGGGAGGCGGCCGACGUCUGCGCCGUGGGCCUCACCGCCUGCCCCGUCAUGCAGGCCUGCCCCAAGAACCCUUGGAGCUCCAUGAGCCCUGACCCCAAAUCCCAGCUGGGAAUGCCGCGUGCAGACGGGCGCAUCAGGUAGCAGCGAGGCCUCCAGCUGGACAGGAGGCCUCGGCACAGGAGAUUCACUGUUGAUCUUUAUUUAUUUAAGGGGUUCACUGCAGGCAGGGGAAGAAAAAGUGUUCUUCCUCUGUCUCGGGAGAAGGAGGAAACAAAAGAAAAAGUGGAUUUUUUCAGGAGGUUGGCGAGGGUGUCUGGACAGAAAGCGAGGGGAACAAUUUUCAGAUCCUCCCACGGGGUUCCUCCUUUUAGGGGAUUAUGCUGGCUUUGCUAUUUCAGUUUCUCAGUGUAUUUAUUUUUCUUCUCAUGGCUGAGUUUUACUGUGAUCAAACGUUGCAAUUUUCGAGCAUUUAUUUUUGCUGCUGGAUGAAUUAUGAAGUCAGCUUUUAAAGCCCUGCACGGGGCACAGCGGUCAUGUGACACUGGUAGCAGACGGAGCUCUGCUGCAAAAAAAGGCCUUAGCUGUAAGAUAUACAUGAGGAGGAAGCCUCGUACUGAAUUAAAUGUGCCUCCUUAAGUGUAUGUCUACAUAAACAAAGUGAGAGUGUUCAGAUAUACCCAAAACAGUUCGGAAAAGAGUAUUUUGAUACGACUCAAAUGCAGCACCAUUAAAAAAAAGUCCACUUAUUGAAGCCAAUUACUUCAACUCUUAAGUUUCUGAUAGUUCGGUGACUUAGUUUGUUUCUAACCCUUGUAGAACAAAUCAAUAACAGCAGCACAACUUCUCUCAGUUCAGUGCCUGAUCAGGAUGUGGAACUGUUAUGGCCGGCUAAACAUCUGCUGCAGUCACAUCUCGUAAAAAUAUGGCAAAAGAGGAAUGCAAAUACAGAGGCCUUUUCAGAAUAAUUAACCCUAUUUGGAUUCUAAUAGAAAUCUAAUGUCGACAUGUUAGCGUUCUAAAUUCAUAAAUGCUUCAUUUGUGGUUGUUGUAAAAUAGUAUUUUAAGACUUAACAUUUACAUAGUGUAGCUUUGUAUCAAUACAACCCAGAUGUUGUGACAAGCAGAGGUUGGUUUUCUCACCAUCCUGCCUCAAACUUGAAACACAAUUAUCUCAAGCUGACCUUAAAUUCUCAUCCUUGUUUUCAUCUUCUUCUUUUUUUUUUACUUUCUUCCAGUCAUUUCAGUGACACUUUACGUUGUACAUGAUUAAACAAGAAGUCUAAAACAAUUGGAAGUGUGUGAAUGAGGAAGGGGGGAGUCCAUGAGUCGCUAUUUAUUUAUAAGUUUAUAUUAAUACUGAUAUUUUUAGUCAGUGACUAAAUAACUGCGACGCUGCCUUGGCAGCAUGAUAAAUAUUUUUUUGUAAAGAAAGCCGCCUUUAUUUACAAAGGCCAACACCCCACACUUGUACCUUUGUAUGGCCCGCACCUGUGUGUUAGUCCGUGUUGUCCUGUCUGAAUAGAUCUUCUUGUCUUGGUUUCUUACAUGGCUGUUUGCCAAGUGCAUCACAACAGAAAGCCACCCUGACCUGCGAGGUCAGAGGUCCAGCUAUACCUAACAACCUCACCAAACAGCGAAGAGGAACAAAACUUCUCCCCCGAACACAUUGGACAACGUCUGGAUCGAAAGAAGUAACUCUUUUUGCUGUUUUAUGGUUCCUGUCAGUUUCGGAAUGACGGUGGUGAUCUUCACGCCGUGACAAUAAUGUACAAUUUCGAGUGAAUAUUAUAUUGUGUCUUGAUUGCAAAAUGCAUAAUUUAUUAGAUAAACUAUCUACAUUUGAGAUACCUUUUUCUGCCAUCAAUACAAUCUCUGGACAUUUGAGUCACAUGAUUACUCAUCCUGAACGAGACGUGCGCUCAGAUGUUUGUUUUUCUUUGAAAUAAGUUUCUGGAGCCGAUCAGGAGUUCACUCUGCGAUUGUCGACAUUGUUUAGCAACCACACAAGCUAAGUGAGUGUUUCUGCACAGGCUAAUUAAGAGACAUUUCUGUUCAUUAAUGUCAAGUUCACCUUGCCUCUCUUGUCGGAUGUGUCAAUUGCUGUCACUCCUUCCCUCUCAAAACUACACUGUUUCUGGGCUACGGUUUGUUUUAGUUUUUUCACUGGCCGGCUCCUGCUGCCGCCUUUUAACUUAUAGUGCCACCGUGCUCAGAACAACUACGUCACACAAUACAUAUUAUUAUGUAAGCUCAAUGCCAGUUUUGGAAAAAGGUGAAUUAAAUAAAUGUAAGUCAAUGUGGAAGUCCUAUUUUGUAACAAAAUGAUUAACAAAUGAAGAUGUACAUAGGUAUUUUGUAUUGAAAUAUUGUUUAAAAAAGGUAUUGUACAUGUAAAUACAGAUGUGGUAAAAAUGACAUUGAAUUAUUAAGAGUUUUUGAAGUGUCAAUAACUGGGCACAAAGAGUGAAUUGAUGGUGUUUAUUGAUCAAGUACAUAAUCUGUUUCAGUGUUUUUUGGACAGCUGUGACAACAACCGUGUCCUAUUUGCCUCUCAGAGAAAAUCACAUGCCAGAUUGUUGUUGUUCUUGCUGGAAUGUAUUGUUGAGCAACUGUUGCACAAAUUUCUCUGAACUGACGUUUCCCCCCCGUUAUUUUGUUCCGGGGAGGCUCUGUGUGCCUUAGCUGACUUUUAGAACCUUCUCUGUCCAUUAAAAGAAAAAACCUUUAUUUUGUUAUUUGUUUUGAUCUGAUGUGAAGAAUACCAUGAUUUUGUCGAGUGAUUCACUGGUACUGCAACACCAAAAAAGAUGUCUGCUGUUGUAUAUAUAUCAUCAGGCCUUCUGUCUUUAUCAGCUUUUUUUUUUCUUCCCUUUGGGGGAUUUCUUUUGUUGUACUUGACUGGCUUGUCUUACUUUUCUCUGACUGCUUUUUGGAAAUAAAAUUCUAUGGAAAAACA